UGUGUGGUUACAAUAUAAAACUGAUCGAAUCUCACCAUGGCUGUUGUUGCGCUGGCUCAGAAUGUAUGUGGCUAUAAUUGAGAAACGAUCAAGCGAUAAAGGGCGGACAGCAAAAAAAGACAUACACGUUAGGCGCUGCCACUGAGACAAUAGUCUAGAUAUACCAUUUGUUGUUGGAAGGAGUGAAAGCGAAACCCCGGGGCUUAUUCAGACGACAGGUGGCAAUCUUCAGCUCUUUCUUGAAUUUAGGUAUCACCAACCAUGAGCUCACUGCAAAAAGAAGCUGUUGAGGUGCCAUGUCUGGGAAGACCAUUCCAGCUGGGCAUGCUGUAUGAUAUGAGGAGGGAUUGUCUCAUACCAGCGUCACCAGCCAUGAGCUCACUGGAAAAGGAAGCUGUCGAGAUGCCGUGCCUGGGAAGACCAUUCCAGCUGGGCAUGCUGUAUGAUAUGAGGAGGGAUUGUCUCGUACCAGGCUUGACCUUAUGGGACAACAAUGAACUUCAGGGACACAAAAAUGUGAUUCCAAAACAGUUCACUCAAAUGGAGGUCAGUGCUUCAGACAGUUUAGAAAACAAGGCAGCUUCUAUGAACAUAAGUGGCUCCCUAAAGCUCAGUGUUCUGUCUGGAAAAGUAAAUGUAGAAGGAUCAGCUAAAUAUUUCAAUGACAACAAAAAGUCUUCUAAACAGUCCAGGAUUACACUGAAAUACCAUGUAAGCACACAGUUUAAACAGCUGACAAUGGAUCAUCUGGACCACAAGAAGUUUAAAUACACUGAGGUGUUGAACGGUGAGAAGGAUGAAAAUGAUGUAGCAACACAUGUGGUCACCGCUGUGUUGUACGGUGCUGAUGCUUUCUUUGUGUUUAGUAGAGAUUUAGAUUCAAAUGAGGAGAAGACUAAUAUAGAAGGAACAUUCAAAGCUGCUCUUAGUAAUCUCGGUAAACUGGGGAAUUUGGAAGGUCAGGCCUCAGUGAAACUGAAUGAGAGUGAGAAGGCAGUGACUGACAAAUUCAGCUGUACUUUCUAUGGAGAUUUUAGAUUACCAGCUAAUCCAUUCUCAUUUGAAGGUGCAAUGGACAUAUACAAACAACUUCCAAACAUGCUUGGUGAGAAAGGAGAAAACGCAGUUCCACUGAAAGCGUGGCUCUACCCUCUUGCCAAACUGGAUUCAAAAGCAGCAAAAUGUGUCCGUGACAUAAGCAAUAGCCUUAUUACGGCUGUAUCAGAUGUAAUCGAGAGUUUGAACAAUGCAGAAAUUAGAUGCAAUGAUCUUGCAGUAGACACUGCUGCACAAGCGUUUCCUGCUUUCCAUCAAAAGAUUCAAGAGCUGAAGAAAAAAUGCAAUGACUAUAAGCUAGAUCUGCUGAAGAAAGUGGGUUCUCUGCUGCCAUUAAUACGUGGAGGUCAAGAAGAAGAAUGUGAUCUUGUAGACCUCCUCAAGCAUCAUGAGGAGUCUCCUUUCAGUAGCACUGAACUUGACCAGUGGAUAAAGAUCAAACAGGAUGAAGCAGAUGUACUGAAAGCCUUUCUGGAGAAGCUGGAGUGUCCUGUUCGAGAUGUAUAUAAAAGCAUUGGCAAGGUCUUUGCACACACUGAAGAUGUGGUGUGCUUUACUUUCACCUCUCUGGAUGAGUCAGAUCCUUUUCUUGAUUAUCUAACAAACUAUAUAGAUGAAAAGUCUGAAAAGAGACAUAAAGGCAAAAGAGAGAAACCUGAGUCCUGGUUGACUCAAGACGUAGGUCAGAGAAUGAGGAAAACCUUGAAAUUAUUCAAUGGCCUAAAGAGCUCAAGUAAGAGUAACAACACCAAAUUUAUUGUGGUGUCAGAUUAUAACGAGGAGAACCCUGGUGCUUGCAUAAUGUUGUACGGACAUGAAUGUGAUGAUGCCGUUUGCUUUAUCCCGCCAUCUAAACCCAUCUGCUCAACCACUGGUGCUGUGACUGACAGCAGUGUAACAGUGAAAUUAAGCCCUGCAUGUGAAUCGACAGUGAAGCGAAACCUGGAAUACAAGAUGAAGCAGGAGGAGGAGUGGAAGUGUCAAUCUCUGCACCAUAAAGAAGAUGAAGUCACACUAACAGACCUGAAUGCUGAUGCUGUGUAUGAGAUCAGGUGUGUGGCAGUGGGAGAACUGGAGCGGUUCCCAGUUACCAGUGAUGUCAUCAUUGCUAAAACAUAAGUCUGAAAUUUAUGAAUCACUGCAUCAGUACAUAAAUAUAAAUGAAUGAAUGACUCAAGAAAAACAUUACUGUAGAUUGAAAACACUUCUUGGAUACUAAUCAAGAAGUAGUACAGUAGUAAUUGUCUACUAAAAAAUGAAUAGUUAAAAGUCUUAUCAAGAGCUGUAGCAGGGUUUUGUGGUUUUCACCACCCUGCAUGCACUAGGGUUAAGAUCUAAUGAGGUUAGUGUUAAGGGCCCUGCACAAUUGUUUUUUUUUUAAUCUGUGAAAAAUAAAUACUUCUGCAAAGAAUGUUAUAUAUUCCAGUUACCUUCCAAUUAUUUUGCCAUUUAAAAGAGUGUUUUGAAUUUUUUUUUUCUUUUGGCCUUUACUGUUCUGCUUUGUGGGUGUGGACGCUAGUGGAUUGAAUGACAGCCUCAGUGUCAAAUGAAACCACCCAGAUAGUUAGUAUGGAGUAGACUGUAAAUCAGAUCACAUCAACACUGCUUUACAUGUCUGAACCUGAAAACGUGAAAGGCUGUUAGGUCUCUUGGUCAACAGCGGAACCCUGCCAUGUUUAAAUACAGGCUAACCGAAUUCUCUGCAUAAGUUAAUGGAUACACCAGUUAAUAUUUUAAGAAUAUAUUUAAAGUGGUAUUUUCUUUGCAUCUCUUAAAAAUUGAUGACUUUUACAUUAAAGCUAUUAGCUAACGUUAGCUAUGAUUAGCUAGUCAGCUAGUUUAUAUAUAUAUAUAUAUAGCCCUGAUUAACCAGGGCUAGCUAUCAGGCUUCAACUAAUCAUGGGGAGACUAAACAUGGGGAAAGUCCAUUAUUAGUCAUUUUUAAAAUGUCAGUGCAUCAUAUCAUGUGAUGUUAUAAAAAUACAUUUGUAGUUUAGCUAAAUUACAUAAAAUUGGCAAAUGUUAGCCUACAGAUUUGGUUAUUCUCUCAUUGCUUGCUAUGUUAUUGAAUAAAGUGUCAAAUGAAACAAUAACUGUUAAUUAGAAAUAAAGACUUAACAACUUAUUA